UGUAGUAAGGACUGCAGCUGGCAAGCCCUUGGAUUCAGUUCCCUUCCUUGCUCCUGGGAAGCUUCCUUAGAAGCAGCCUGGCGGGAGCUGCUGUGCACUGCCACUUUAAGGCAUGCAUGCACUUCCAGGCUCAGGUCCUGCCACUGCUGCAGCACAGGGCGAGAUCUUCUGCUUCGGGGCUCUGGACUGCUCACUGCUCUCUGCUCUGUAACACUUGGCUGCUUCACAGGCGCCCGGCCAGGGGCUCAAGGCUUCCUCCUAGCGUGGCAGAGUCCCACCUGGUGCUGGGGCAGCUGCCACCAUGGAAGCAGCACCGGGCGUUGCUGCAGCAGCAGCAAAGCCUGCAAAGUCCAGCAAGAAGUCUCGGAUGGUGAAGCGGCACACCAACAUCUACACCUACCAGGAGCCGCCCCACAGCAACUCAGAUGAGGAUAUCAGUGAAGAGAAGGCUAACAGCCACGACCCAGAGCAAGUCUUCCAGAACAUCCAGUACCAGAAGGAGGUCAUGUCCAACAUCCGCUGCAGGCCGUGGCCAAUGAGGCAGAAGCUGCGGGCGCUCAGACAGGCAAAGGAGAUUGUGCUGAAGUACGAAGGGAGGCUCACUAGAACCAGAGGUUACCAGGCUGCUGGUGCGGAGCUUUGGAGGAAGUUUCUUCGACUGGCAUAUAAUUUUGUGGUGCUCUUUAUUCCUUGGGAAAUGCGAAUUAAAAAAAUUGAGAGUCAUUUUGGGUCUGGAGUUGCCUCUUACUUCAUCUUCCUUAGAUGGCUGUUUGGAAUCAAUAUUGUACUUACCAUAAUGACAGGAGCAUUUGUAGUCUUACCAGAGGGCUACCUCCAGUACUCCGUUUUGUUUUAUGGCUACUAUGGCAGAGAAAGGAAGAUUGGGAAAGCAGGAUACCGGCUGCCUCUCGCCUACUUCCUGGUUGGCAUGGCAGUGUUUGCUUACAGCUUCAUCAUCCUCUUAAAAAAAAUGGCGAAGAACUCAAGAAUGAGUUUAGCAAGUGCUUCCGAUGAAAACUACACUUUCUGUUGGAGGCUGUUCUGUGCCUGGGAUUAUUUAAUAGGAAACCCUGAGGCUGCAGAGAGCAAAGCGGCUGCCAUAGUUAACAGCAUUCGGGAAGCUAUAUUGGAAGAGCAGGAAAAGAAGAAAAGCAAAAACCUGGCAGUGACAAUCAGCUUAAGGAUUAUUGCAAACAUCCUCGUGCUUCUCUCGCUCACUGGAAGUAUUUACAUCAUUUACUUUGUCGUGGAUCGAUCCCAAAAGUUAGAGAGCAAGAAGAGGGAACUGACCCUUUGGGAAAAAAAUGAGGUAAGCGUAGUUGUGUCACUGAUUACCAUGAUUGCACCCUCUGCUUUUGAACUCGUGGCAGCUCUAGAGAUGUACCAUCCAAGGACCACUCUUCGCUUUCAGCUUGCAAGAGUUCUUGUUCUCUAUCUGGGAAAUCUCUACAGUUUGAUCAUUGCUCUCCUGGAUAAAGUGAACAGUAUGAGUGACAGUGUUAACAGCAAUUCAAGUAAUUCUAUCCCCUCUUUUGCAACUGGAACUCCUCCUAAAGAAGGCAAUUUAUCUGCAACUAUUUCUGAUGCACAAAUGAACAGCAACAAAUCUCACGCUCAAAGCUUGCCAACCUCUGAUUCGCUGGUUAACAACACAGCUUCCUCUAGCUCUGCCCAGAAUCAGUGCUGGGAGACCUACGUUGGUCAAGAGAUGCUAAAGCUGUCAAUCAUCGACAUGAUAUUCACAGUUGCGAGCAUCCUGCUAAUUGAUUUUUUCCGUGGACUGUGUGUCCGAUAUUUAAGUGAUUGCUGGUGCUGGGACCUAGAAAGCAAGUUUCCAGAAUAUGGUGAAUUCAAAAUUGCAGAGAAUGUACUGCAUUUGGUCUACAAUCAAGGAAUGAUCUGGAUGGGAGCCUUCUUUUCACCUUGUUUACCGGCAUUCAAUGUCCUCAAGUUGAUUGGACUCAUGUACCUGAGGAGCUGGGCUGUAUUAACGUGCAAUGUACCACAUCAGCAGGUUUUCAGAGCCUCUCGAUCCAAUAAUUUCUACUUGGCCAUGUUGCUGUUCAUGUUGUUUUUGUGCAUGUUACCAACAAUUUUUGCUAUUGCCCGAUACAAGCCAUCGUUAACCUGUGGUCCUUUCAGUGGACAAGACAAAAUAUAUGAUAUUGUUUCUGAAACAAUUAAAAAUGAUUUUCCUGUAUGGUUCAACUCAGUGGUUACUUACAUCAGCAGUCCUGUGGUGGUCCUCCCUGCGCUCUUACUUCUAUUCAUGCUGAUCUAUUACCUACAAAGUAUUGCAAGAUCAUUGAAAUUCACCAACAAUCAGCUGAGAAUGAAGAUACAAGCAGAAAGAACUGAAGAUAAGAAAAAGGUGGUGCAAAUGGCAGUAGCCAGAUUCCAGAAUCUGGAUGGGAGUGACAAAAGACCAGACCAAGACGGUGGUCUUAUUAGCCAGGAGUCUUCUGUUCGGGCCUCAACCCCACGGAAGAAUGGCAGUGUCUUGAACUUUGAAUCUCCUGUGAGCAAAGGCACCAGAAUACAAACCAUCUCCCAGACUGUGCCCCACACCGUGCCCUCGACUGAUGCAGCAAGACCUGUGAAUGCAACUCCCACAACUUCAGCUUCUUUAACGCCCUCAGUAUCAAGUGUACAGAAAGCAAGAAACGACCAUACCACUAGCAGGUACCCAAGUGUUGUGCAUGGGAGUGCAAGUGAGCUCUGUAAAACAAAGGCCUAUACACCAGUGGCUUUCAAAAAACGUACUGAGGAUGUUCACUCUGAGCCUCUCUUUAGGAAAAGCAUUCGGCAGGUAAAUCCAGAUGCUUUUGGAGCGGGGGCUCCUGUUUUUGUGGGACGCAGACCACAUGCUACCAGAUACUAUGUUGUUAAUGAAAGUGAACCCCGUAAAAAAUCAGCCCGUUCUACCUCCCGACUCCAAAGGCAAUUCCGAAUAGAAGAGCCAGAAGAUAUUGUUGAGUUGUAUCCGCACAAUAUCAGAAGAUACGUGGUUCAAACACCACAACGCAUGUAUUCUCCUCAUCCCAGUGAAGAUGAGGAGGAUGAAGAGGAAUUUGGGAGACGCUACGUGAAAAGAUCCCAUCGCCCUCGGUCACUGUCUGACCUUCGCCCAGCACCGCGAUUUUAUAUUGGGGAGCGUGCUGAUGGCCAUGUUCUUACGAGCAAAGACCUAGCUAAAGUGCAUUACAAAUCCUGGGAUGAUGGUUUUGAGCUAGACCUGGACAGACCUCCGUAUGCCUACAAAAAAGUGCACCUGAAAAAUGUUGAUCAGCACUAUCUUGAGCCACAUGUGAAACCUAAAAUGAAGCAUAUACUGGAGCAGUCUCUAACAGAAUCUGAUUCCGUUUCCAUUGAAUCGAGCAGUGAUCCGCAGAACAGCAGCAAUGACCAAUACAUCCAGGUCAUUCAUAGCAAGGAAAAGUACCUGAAACCUGGGACAAAACUCACCAAAAAGAAAUCAAAAAACAAUACUGAACUAAACAUGUCUGAGCCUAAUGAACUGGUAUGCUCAAAUGUCUGAGAAAGUGCCCCAACUUUUUGUGUUUAGAACAGGUUUGUGCAGUCAUUGUACUUGCUGUUUGAGGUCUAUUAGAAUAACUACCAGUCAGCCAUUCAAGGUGGGAAAAGCAUAGUUAGUCCUGUGUUUUACUGUUAACUGUACCUCGCUUCGACAUCAUUCGCCUUUAUUACAUGUUAUGCUGUUUUAAAAAAAAAAAAAAAAAAAAAAACAACUAUUGGAAAAUCAAAAGCAGUGUACUUGGAGCACUUGAAUUAAACCUGUAUAGAAGUACAUCAGACAAGGUUCUCUGAUGUGAUUGCAGAAACAUGCUCCCACUGAAUCCAUGCAGCAGGUAACCACCAUCCUACAAGCGCAGAACUGCUCCCUGAAGUACGGAAUCAAAGAAUUGAGUUGGAAGGGACCCUUCAAGGCCAUCUGGUCCCACUGCCCUGCACUGAACAGGAACACCUACAGCUGAUCAGCCCCUUUAGGUUCUGACAGACUGCUCUAAGGUCUUCCCACAACCCGGGCUGCACAGCCCCAGCUCUCAGUCUGUCCUUUUAGAGGUGUUCCAUGCCUUGGGUCAUUUUUGUGGCUCUCCUCUUGAUGUGCUCUGGCAGGUUCACGUCUCUCCUCUACUAAGAACUCCAGAUCUGAACACGGUACUCCAGGUGAGAUCUCACACUGCAGAACGGAGGGGCAAAUCCUCUCCCUCGCCAAGCUGACAGCGGUGCUUUGGAUGCAGCCCAGGACACGCUUGGCUUUCCGGACUGCGCGGGCACGUCGCUGGCUCACGCCCAGCUGCCAUCCAGAAGCACCGCCAAGCCUUUUUCGGCAGAGCCGUGUUCCGAUCCUUUCUAUCCCAGGUCUCCUACUCGUUGCCUAUGGAGGCUGGAAGUCCAUGCAGUUAACCCUCCGCCGCGCCAC